CCGGAAGCUGUUGGUAUUAUUGUGGCUAGCUCGACCACUCUGUUCGACAUGUCUCCUUCGCAGACUCUUUUCCGUCAGUAGAAGAAGCGUCGGGAUUUAUCGCCAAACAACUACUAGUUCAGGUUAGCACUAAGCUAGCGGGCCGUUGUCAGCCAGGAGCCAGAACAUCAGCAGCAGCAUCAUCAUCAAUGGUGUGUCUACAUCCCGGAGCCGUCACAUUCUCCUGUGUGCGCUCGAUGAACCAUCUCCUCAGCUAUCAGCACAGCUGCACAUGUAUGGCGUUUGCGAGGCUUGGAGGGGAGUUUUGCCAAGCCCAGCACCUGAUGCUCAUUGUGGAUAAAUGAACAGGAGACAGCAGCAAGGCACACACACUGCCAUUCACCUACACGGUGUGUGUUGAUACUGACUGGUUGUGUGUCUAUGCAGGGACAUCUUGUCAUAGACAGGUUCACGGUCCUUCCUGCCAUCUUGUUCAAUCAUAUGAAGACACGCCUAAAUUCAGUGUGUCACCUGUCCUGGGGAGUGGGGGAGGAUCUGGACCAGGAGUUUCCUUUCUGCUCUUCUACUUUCCUGCUUUUCCUUCCUGCUUCACAUCUCACUCUCACGAGUCUUCUCUGAAUGGGCUAAGAGAUUUGAAAGAAAAGAAGGAUAUAUAUUUUCUGUCCUCAGUUUUUUUUUAUUCUGGACUUUAGGUGUGUUCUCCAGUCGUCCUCAUCCCAAAUCUGCUCAUUUCAAUUUUAGUUUUCAAGCGAUUUUUUUCCUUCACUGCCAAAAAAGUUUAGAUUUUUAUCCUGUUUCUUCUUUAUUUAUCUUUCCCCCCUGUUUUUGAUUCAAAAAACGUUUUAUCGUCAAUUGAGUAGAAUAUUUACAUUUCCCCAUAAAUUAUUUUAAAUUUUUUAGUGUUCUAGAGUUUUUUUUUAAAAACACACUUUGCUUCUUAUCUUUAAUUCUUCAUCAACAAGCCUUUGCUGGUCUAACAAUGAACCGACCGGCUCCAGUGGAGAUCUCCUAUGAAUGUCUGAGAUUCCUCAUCACGCACAACCCCACCAAUGCACAACUAGGAAGGUUUAUAGAGGAUCUGAAGGCAUUUGGAGUUAACACCUUGGUACGAGUGUGUGCUGCUACAUAUGACAAGACACCGGUCGAACAAGAAGGCAUACAAGUUCUGGAUUGGCCAUUUGAUGAUGGCUCAGCUCCUCCAGACCGGUUGGUGGACGAUUGGUUGAACCUGCUUCAGACAAAGUUUAGAGACGAGCCUGGCUGCUGUGUGGCUGUGCACUGUGUUGCUGGACUGGGACGAGCUCCUGUGUUGGUGGCCCUGGCUCUAAUUGAGUGUGGGAUGGAGUAUGAAGAUGCGGUGCACUUCAUAAGACUGAAGCGUCGUGGGGCGUUCAACUCCAAGCAGCUGCUUUACCUAGAAAGCUACAAACCUAAACUGUGUCUGCGCUCUAAAGACGCCAACGGGCAGAGCUGUUGUAUACAAAAUGUAAAGACCUCACUGUGAAGUCCUGCAAAUAUUCACUGUAAUCAAACAACUUCUGAUGUUACAUCAAAAUGAGCCUAAAGAGUGGACGUGUUAAAGGUAACCUCACCUCAACGUGAAGCAGAACUGCACAAAUCAUCACAUUAAAGGGAAAAACCCACAGUCUGACUGAACUCCUUUUACAGGUGGGGUAAGCGAUUCUGUGGAACGAGUGUAGAUCGAUUUGAACAGAGGGAACAAAGUCAAUUCACUGCUUCUUCAGCAGCUCAUCUUCCCACAUUCCUACCUGUGCAUAGCCAAGGUAAACCACUGAUCUCAAAAAGAUGGGAUUAACCAAAAACAUGAGUAAUUGGGACAACGCACUAAGCAAGUGUGACCAAAUUAUCUUUCCCCUUUCAUCCUAUUCAGCUCUGGUCUCUCCGACAUUGAAACAGCUCAUGAUGUUCACGCGGGCCUUCACCUUUUCGAUAUUUCAUCAUCUUAUUUGGGUUAGCUGGAGUCUGGUUCUUCACCACUGAGCAAUUGGAGAACCGCUGUGAACAUUAUUGUGGUUCUACAAUCCUGUGAGUUAGCAUUUCCAGUGGCUAACAGUAGUUGUCACGUUCUGAAACAGCUGUGGAGGUGUUCGUUAUCCGAGGCCACUUUUUCACAUCAUCCCUCGAUAGUAGAAGACACUUUAAUGAUAACAUUAUCUCAUUUAAGAUGUAACAGGUAAUAUUUACAAAACUAACACCGAGAAAGAUGAUUACAGUACUGUUAGCACAUACUUCUUACGACUGUUCCUGUGGAAAUCGCAGCCCCCCCCCCCCAUUCUUAGUUUGAGCAUGAACACCCUUGUUGCUGAUUGGGUGAAACACUAUUGUGCUGUUCAGGUCACCCAGCUUUCUUUGUUCUCCAAAUACAAUUUUUUUUUUUUAACCCACACACAGUGAGUAUACAGCUAGCUGACCAAGACUAGAUAUUCUCAGAAUUUGGCUAAAUGUAUUUUGGAUUAAAAUAUACCUUCCUUUAACUGUCCCUGUGAACUCAAGUUUUCUUGGCUGUAAAAGUGGAAAAACAAUCACAAAGGUCACCCUCUACAUACAAAGUUAUAAAUGCAGCUAAAAUAAUAAAUGCUGCUGAUGUAAACAGAGAUUUUCUAAUUGUGAAUUUUGACAUAUUAAAAAUGAUAUAGCAUUGAGUAAAUAGUUGGCAGUAUGUGCUAUCAGAGGCGUGCUGGUUUAUUGCACAUCAAAUCACACUGUGGUCCACACUAAUUUAUUUAUUUUUUUUCAAAUUCUUCCACUUACUGACCAAAACAUUGCUCUGCAGCCAGAUGGUGGCACAGAAAGAAACAGAUUUAACAAAAACGUGUUCAGAAGAGGAAAUCAUAAAUGGGUAAAUCUACCUACUUAGUAUUUUUUCUGGAACAAAGUCACGUCACAAUCUUCCAAAAACUUUCUGUGUUUUUCCAGAAACAAGCAUGGAACAGGACUGUGAAGCCAACAUGGCUGCCACUGAACGUAAUGACCGUUGUCUCUGUCCGGGUCUGUACCUACAUGGCUGUCUGCUCAGCUGCUGUGUUUGUGAUUUUGGUCUUUGCGAUGGUCUUGUUUAUUUUCUUUCCCUUGUACCUCUUAUCUAUUUGUAUUUUGUGUUUAUUUAAUGGCUCCACUGUGUUUCUUUGUGAAAUGUUUGUCUGCUGGAGGAAAAAAAAAUCAAUUAGUCUUGAAAAAUUAAAGUGUUUCGUACUUUAA